GCUUCGUGUCAUUUUUUCCUGCUGCCGCCGCUGAGGGCAGGGACUCAUGCCGGCCAAGGGCCCCCUGCAGAGCGUCCAGGUCUUCGGGCGGAAGAAAACCGCGACUGCUGUUGCCCACUGCAAGAGAGGAAAUGGCCUCAUUAAAGUGAGAAGACCUCUGGAAAUGACUGAGCCCAGAACUCUGCAAUACAAACUUCUUGAGCCUGUUCUCCUCCUGGGGAAGGCGCGGUUUGCUGGUGUUGACAUUAGAGUCCGUGUAAAGGGUGGUGGCCAUGUAGCACAAAUCUAUGCUAUCCGUCAAGCUAUUUCCAAAGCCUUGGUGGGUUACUACCAAAAAUAUGUUGAUAAAGCUUCCAAAAAGGAGAUCAAGGAUAUUUUAACCCAAUAUGAUAGGACUCUGCUGGUUGCUGAUCCUCGGCGUUGUGAGUCCAAGAAAUUCGGAGGCGCUGGUGCCCGUGCACGGCACCAGAAGCCUCACCGGUAGAACUGCUCU